AUGAAGACCACCUCCGUCCUCAGCGCCGUCCUGGCCUCGGCAGCCGUCACCAGCGCCACCGACGUCUCCGCCUCCAACCCAAUCGGGUCCGUCAAGAUCUCGGCCUCGAACCCCAUCUCCACCGUCACCCUCCCCUCGGCCUCCAACCCCAUCUCCUACAUCACCAAAUCCACCGCCACCGCCUCCGCCUCCGUCUCGGCCUCGAACCCCAUCUCCUCUGUCACCAUUUCCGUCUCGGCCUCCAACCCCAUCUCCUACGUCACCCGCUCCGCAACGACCCUGACGACCGUCACCUGCUCCGACGAGGAACCCCCCAAGCAGACCUCGACGGCCACCGUCUCCUGCCCCGAGGAGCCCCAGACUUCCUCCAAGCCUCCCGUGAUUAGCUCCUCGACGCUGACACUCAACGGCACCAUCUCGACCGUCUGGACGGCGCCUCCGGCGAGCAGGACCGCCUGCUCUUCCUGCGGCGGUGGUAGCGCGCAGCCCAGCGGGACCAAGACCGGCGGGUCGGGGCCAAUUGUUACUGGCGGCGCGGCUGUCAACAAGGUCGCGACGGGCGCGAUGGUAGUGCUGGGUGGUGUUGCUGCUUUGUUGGCUUGA